GUAGUAGUAUUUGGAGUAUUUGUGUGUCAAUCAGUCAAUUUGUCAAAAUUAUCUUGUCAAGUCAAUACGUGAAAAUGGCUGAUGCUGCUGCAGCCCGUCGUGAAGCUCGAAGAAAAAGGAUUUUAGAGAAUUCUAACAAUAGACUUCAACUGAUAGCUGGUAAAGCAAGCACCGAAAGUACCAAAUCAUCACCCAUUAGAUGUCACAACCCAGAGCAGCCACUAGAAGUUCCUGUGACAGCAGUUCCAUCAGAAAGUAGCAGCAUCUAUAAGCCCCUCAACAAUGGGGUAUUCGUCACGGAGAGCGACCAAUUCGAAUUCCUGUCCACCUUGUCUUCGAUGCACGGGCAUGACACUAUCGCGGCCGGCGACACAGAAACAAGCAACGAACUCGCAUCUUUCUCGACUGCACCUACAGCAUCAGUUCAAAGUCAGUCCAUUUGGGAAAAGAUCACUAUUUACAAAUAUGACAUAGUGCUACUAUCAUUGUUGAUCCAAAUUCUAUACAGUUUCUCAGUGAUGCCCUUUGAGAGCAACUACAUAUUCCUCCCAUUUGCAUUGUAUGCUAUCACCAAACAGAUGUUUUUCCCAGUUCAAAAUAACUCCAAAUUAGCAAAUGCAUUGUUACUACUAAACAACUUAUCAGGACAGGCCAACGUGAUACAGAAAGCACUUGGCAUCUCCCAGUGGGUUGGAGGUCUGCUGCAAGAUGUCUUUGUUUAUCUUUUCACUACAAUUUGUUUACAGUCUGUGUGCCUGACAUUGAAGGAGAGCUUGAUGACAUAGUGAUUGCUUGUCACCCCUCAUGUGAGGUUGUUGUUGACUGAGCAGUUUGUUUCAAUAGCAGGCUAGUGUGAUGGGAAUGUUCCAUAGUUUGAUUGCUUGUGCCUUUUAUGUAAGUGAGAUGUGACAAGUGUGCGUUUUAGUCACAUGUUGCCAUUUUAGUUAUAAAUUAGAUACCAUUUUGUACAUAGCAACAGAAAUUUUGAUUUUAGUAAAGUUUUUGCUCAAUUAUUUCCUGCAAAUUUUAAUUUGAUAUAUUGUAUUGGAUAGUACUAUAUAAAUUUGUUAUUACUUAUAUAAUAGACACUAUUUUGCACAAGAGCAUUUAAAAGUUAAUAACUUGUAAGAAAUGUUUGUUAUUCAGUCUAUUUUUAUUCAAUUCAUUUAAAUGCCUGCUAUUAGAUAAUGUUAUUAACUUUGAAAUGUAUUUCAACUCCCUCAACAUCAAGCCCUCUGCAAAAAUAGGUUGUCUCCUUUUAUUAAAUACACUUUAACAUUUUGUCAAAUUUUAAGCGUUAUAUAAUUUUGACUGAAAUCUUUUUUCUUGUUAUUACUCUUGCAUUUAAUUUAUUGUAUUUAUUUUUGUUCUAUUUAAUUAAUCACAAUUAUAUUAAUUAUCAAACUUCAUAAGUAUGUGUGACAAAUACAUGUAAAAAUAAAUAGUAUGCCAAAUUAGGAUUGUUGAAACUAUUUUCAUGCUUUAUAUAACUAAAGGAUAUAUUUUGAUAUAAUGAACUGUGUAUUUUUCAAUGAUUUCUUGAAGAGGCCUAUUUUAAAAUGUCAAACUUUUUAAAUCUCAAUGUACAUUUAUACAGCAGACAGCAUUAUUUAGAUCUUUCAUUGAGCACAUUGUAAUGUUGAAGUUUACACUUUGUAUGGAACUGUCUUGUAUAGCUUUCCAUAACUUUGAUGAUUAUAUAAAAAUUUUUGUGUUUUCUACUAUUUGGAAAAUUCUAACAUAAGAACUAACAAUGUGCUAUUCACAAAAUUUUUGCGAAUGGUCAGCAAGUAUUGUAGGAAAUUUAUUUUCUUCAGAUCAUUCCUAUGAAAUUUGAGAUCUGAAUCUGAAGAAUCUGCCGGAAUUCUCAAUAAAGGAAAUUUCUAAGAACAUGAUUUUUUCUCAGUCGCACAUCGAUAAUAUAGUAACUUCAUGGUAGAACGAACAAAAUGAUACCAUACAUAGACUUGGAAAGCAAAAAUUUCAUAUGUAGUAUUGUCUAUAUUAUGUAUUUUGUAUAAAAUUUUCCACUGUAUUAUAAUGGAAUUUUCCUAAUAAUAGCUGGGCAUCGUAAAACACCCAGACAGACCUUGACCUGACUGGAGAGUCAAACAAAUACCUAAUUUAAAUCUUAUUAAAUUUCAACUUUGUUACUAGAAUAUUACAUGCAACAUUAAUUUACAGUUAACAAUAUCAGCAUAAUGCAUGUACAGUCGACCGCAUGUCAGGUUACCCCACAUGGCACCAGUGAUAAUGGGGAAUUUGCAUUGAAUUUUAAUACUUUGAUGUGUGGUCGGAUGUACUUGUAGAAAUAAAGGAAAUCUGUUAAAAAUGAAAGGUUUAAUUAUAUUUUGUAACAAUUUAAAUAAAAAAGGACACACUGAA